AUGACCGACGCUUACCGCCAGCCUGAGGCCAAAACCUUCUCGGAUGCUCUCCAGCAAAAGGUCGAUGCUCUCGUCAAGGACUUCCGCAAGGCUGACGUCGAGCUCAUCAAGCACGAGCUCAAGCUCAACGCUCCUCUGUACAAGAAGCGCGCGGACAUCGUCUCGUCCGUCAAGGACUUCUGGUUCCAGGCUCUGAUCAACUGCAUGGCCACCAAUGUCUACAUUGACGAUGCCGACCACGAGGCUCUCUCCUACCUCUCCAACAUCGAGGUGGACCGUGAUGUCGAGGAUCCUCGCGCUGCCUCCAUCACCUUUACCUUCCGUGAGAACCCUUAUUUCUCUAACGACAAGCUGGUCAAGAAGUUCUCGCUCGUCGACGGUGCCAAGUCGCUCGAGGACGAGUUCAACUUCCUCGAGGAGACCAAGCCUGAGAAGACCCAGAUUGACUGGAAGUCGGACGACAAGAACCUCUCGAAGCUCAAGCCUACCAUCGGUGGUCCGGACAGCGACGACUUUGAGCCCGGCUCCUUCUUCUCCACCUUCUUCGAGAACACCGAUCAGGAGGUUGCUGGCGGCAUCGGCCACGCUCUGAUCAUGGACUUCUGGCCUGGUGCUAUCGACUUCUACACUGGCGCCGACGACCUCGACUUUGACGAGGACGACUUUGACAGUGAGGAUGAGGAGGACGACGAGGACGAUGAUGACGCCGAGAUUGACCUCGAGGAGGAUGACCAGCCUCCCAAGAAAAAGACCAAGGGCGACGCAUAA